AUGUGUGGAGUCUUGACUCUUGAGUCUACUGUUUUAGAAUAUGACGGACCAGGAUACGUUAAAAAGAACUGUUUAUAUUAUAAAGAAGGCUUACAGAAUAUCUCUAAGGCAGCUAUUCUCCAAAAUAGGACCGAUGUCUCAUUACGUGGAUUUGAAACACCAACACCAAAGAAUGUUACAAGAGAAACAGAACAUGAAGAUGAUACUGAGGAUCAAACUAUCACUGGAGGUAAAAAUGUUUCUUGGAUUGUAGACAAAAAAAAUAGGGUAAUACAAAUGCUCAAUGAUAUAACGGAGGAGGAGAAAGAAACGGCAAAUAAUAUAGAACAGGAGAUUAAAUCACUAUUGCACGAAGUUAUUUCUCGUGACAUCAAUAUGUCUAAAAAGAAACUUAACCAGCGGAAAGGACUAAAUGACCAUUUGAAAGAGAAUUCGCGUUACACUUUGGCAAGUGCCAAAGACUGCAAUUCUCAGAAGGAAGAUGACAAGCGCAGAUCUGCUGGAAAGGAGAUCGAUGCAAUUAUUACUUUAAAAGAUGAAAGUUGUUGA